UGUUGGUGUGUGCUUAUAUAAAGGAGGAUAGGAUGUUGCAGUUCCCUACUAUUAUUAAAGAUACCUAUAGCUAAAGGGUUUCAAGAGAAAAAAUAAGAGAGAAAAAAAAAAGAUAUCAAAUAGCUAUAAGCUAUAGUUUCUAUAAUUGAAUAUAAAUUGUUGUGAGAAUUUUAUUUUAUAUAUGGAAGAACAUCUUACUCCAUUGGCUGUUACUCAUCUUCUUCAACACACUCUAAGAAGUUUGUGCAUCCAUGAAAAUUCUCAGUGGGUUUAUGCUGUUUUCUGGAGGAUCUUGCCUAGAAACUAUCCUCCACCCAAGUGGGAAGGACAAGGGGCAUAUGAUAGAUCAAGAGGAAACAGAAGGAAUUGGAUAUUGGUUUGGGAAGAUGGAUUCUGCAAUUUUGCAGCAUCAGCAGCACCUGAAAUAAACACUGGUGAUUGUCCUAGCUCAUCAUCAGUUUAUGGGAACUGUGAAUUAAUUCAACCUUACCAAGGUCUUCAACCUGAACUUUUCUUCAAGAUGUCACAUGAGAUCUAUAACUAUGGAGAAGGGUUGAUUGGAAAAGUAGCUGCAGAUCAUAGUCACAAGUGGAUAUAUAAAGAACCUAAUGAUCAAGAAAUUAAUUUCUUAUCAGCAUGGCAUAAUUCAGCAGACUCACACCCUAGGACUUGGGAAGCUCAGUUCUUGUCUGGUAUAAAGACUAUAGCCCUCAUUGCUGUUAGAGAAGGUGUUGUUCAAUUAGGAGCUGUUCACAAGGUGAUUGAAGACUUGAGCUAUGUGGUUCUACUAAGAAAAAAGUUCAGCUACAUUGAAAGCAUACCAGGAGUGCUACUUCCACAUCCUUCAUCAUCUGCAUACCCUUAUGGUAAUCCAGCAGAACAAUGGCAUAACUUUCAAGGAAGCAUUGCACCACAGCAUCAAAAUGAUCAACUAUAUCAUGAACAUUUCAACAACAUUAUGCCAAUGAAAGUAACUCCAUCAAUGAGUAGUCUUGAAGCAUUACUCUCUAAACUACCUUCAGUUGUUCCACCACAACAAAUUCAAACACAAACACAACAUGUUUUGGCACCACAACAACAACGAGCAUUGGAAUUUACCGGACGAAUGCAAAAAGUUGCGAAAGAAGAGUUAGAUAACGAAGAAGAUGAGGUAUAUAGACCUGAACAACUUGAUGUUGGUGAGAGUAGUAGUUCCAUGCCAGGGUACCAUCAACAUCAUUUCCAUCAAGAUCAUCUUGGAAAUGGAUCAAACAAUAAUAAUGGAUUUUGAAGUAUUAAUUAUCAAUUAAUCAUAUAUAUAAUUCUAUAAGCUUAAGUCCUAACAUAUUGUAGUGAGAGAGUUAUUAAUGUUAGGUUAAGUACAAUAAUUCUAGUACUAGUACGUACUACUACUGCAUAUUUCAGUUCUUCUUGGUAGUGUAUUGUAGUAUUAAUUAGUUCCAUUAUUCCAUGCAAAUGUGUGAAGAUUGUGUCAGUGUGUGUAUAUGCAGUUAGCUACGUAGUCAUAGUAACACUGCCAAUCUACCACAUUGUACUUGGAUCAACAUCCAAUGCUAGCUUCUGCUGCUGCUGUUUAAGGAUGUAAUGUAAAACAGCCAAUAAUUAUUAAUUA